GUCCUCUGAAAUACAUCCCAAACCCAACACUUUGAGAUCAGUACCACCAAUAGUAUUGAGCGCAAACGAGUUAAACUCAUGCGGGGGUCUAUUGACCCAUGAGUCAAAGCACCGCGUAUCUACCAUAACUUGGAGCAUAGAACACAAAGACGAACCUCAUUUCGAACGAACGAUUUGGCCGCCAUGGCCAACACUGUCAUGGCCGACGUCCAGGAUGCCAGCUCCCAACCCUUCUCACUACGUCCACGGUUCAAGAUCAGCGACCUGCCCCUAGUCAAAGAGAAACGCACGGCCAUUGAUGCGUUAUUGCUCAAGUUUAAAAAACAAGGUGGUUACGACAGUCUGCGCAAACAAGUAUGGGCCGCGUACAAUACAUCCGACGCCAAAAUGGCUUUGACGGAUUCAAUCCACGCGAUUGCUGAAGCAGAGAUUGAAAAAGACGUGAAACUACUGAGCCGUGAAAGAGGCAAAGCUGCAACGCUGAUUCAGGGCGCAGUUGACAGAAGUGGUAUCUAUGAGGAUGUCGAAAGCAGGAUCGACACGGAGAUUGCCCAGCAUUUAUCGGCUGUCCUGGAAAGCGUACGAGAGAUUCGUCGCGCCGACAUUGGAGAAGAAAAAGCUGCUGAGGAAGAGGAGGCUGGCGCCAAAACAGACGAACAGUACCAGCAGGAGACGGAGACAAGGGUCAAUGAAAGAGAGAAAAACAGGGCUCGGAUGGAACAACUACUCAAAGAAACGGCGGAACUGAAGUUGAAGAUCAAGAUGGAGGAGGAGAGAAAGAGGAAGAAGGAAGAAGCGAAGAAAGAGGAGGAGGAGAGGAAGAAGAGAGAAGAAGAGGAAGCUGCGAGGAAGGCGGCCAGGGAAAAGAGACGUAAAGAAGACGAAGAGCGUGAAGCGGAGCGAAUCAAAGCUCGGGACGAACGCCAUCGAAAGCGUGAAGAGGAGCGAAAAGAGAGACAGGCUCGGUAUGAAAGAGAGCGAGACGCUGAGAGAGACCGCGACCGAGAUCGAGAUCGAGACCGCGACCGAGACCGAGACCGAGACCGUCGUGAUCGUGACAGGGACCGAGACAGGUCUCGCGAUCGCUCACGAGACCGGCGCAGCAGAAAAGACUCUCGCGCAGAAGUGACCGAGCCGAAAAAGAGCACGGUAACUGACAAGGACCUCGAGGCUACAGCACUGGAAUUACUCCUCAACGAGGGCAAACAACUGGCAGAAAAGUCAAAGGAGCGCAGAGAAUAUGAUUUCGACAAGGCAGAAGUACAGGAUUCUUCACGCAGGUCUGGAUUGGACAGAUUCUCAAGAAGAAGAGAGAGAGAACGAUCUCGAGACAGCAAUCCACGUGGUUCCGACCGACGAAGCAGAUCUCGACGACGCCGAUCAUCCAUCCAAGACAAUGACAAGAAGAAGGCAGAAAGCCCAAGCCGACGCGCAGUAAGCAAAGAGCGUGAAGAAGGUGAGGCCAACAGUCGCCCCUCUUCACCUGUUCCUGCCACCAGCGCUCGAAGACCUCGUUCAGCCUCGCCAGUGGGAAUCGAUCGCUAUGUUCCUGGAGGAGGUACUCAUCGCACAGCACACGAACGAGAGCGAGAUCGUGACCGGCGCCCACCGCGCGACAGUGACCGAGAUCCUCCAAGAAGAUUAUACGACAGCCAUCGAGGAGACGACCGUGAUCGUGAAGGAGACCGCGACCGCGACCGCGACAGGGAUCGGGACCGAGAUGCAGAUCGUGACAGAGACCGUGAUAAAGAUCGCAGUGAGCGCAGACCCCGAGAUCGAGAUCGAGAGAGCGAACGUGGUGACCGUGACCGCGAUCGUGACCGUGAUCGCGAGCGUGAUCGAGAUAGGGACAGGGGCGACAGAUAUCGAGAACGAGACCGCGACCGGAGUCGAGACAGAGAUAGAGAGCGAGAGAGAGACAGAAGCCGAGCUCGUGGAGAUCGUGAUCGUGAUCGUGAUCGUGAUCGUGAUCGAGAGCGAGAUCGUGGUGACCGUGACCGCGACCGUGACAGAGACCGUGACAGAGAUCGUGACAGAGAUCGUGAUAGAGAGCGGGAACGCGAUAGGGAUCGAGACCGAGACCGAGACCGAGACCGAGAUCGAAGUCCACGCCGUCGAGACGAUAGAAGAGACAGCCGAAGGGACGACAAAGAAGACGACCGACGACGUGAGCGAGAUCGCAGUCGAACACGUCGAGACCGAGAUCCAGUUCAGAUUGACCGUUAUGUACCCGGACGAUAGCGUCGUCAGCGGAAAAGCGGCACUCAGACGAUAUCGGAAGAAGCAUGAAGAAGCGGAGGAUACAUUGGCAACCUUGAUAAAUCGGGUGACUGGAAACCAGCAACAAUGCCAGCAUUAAACAAUGUGUCUGCAUGUUUCCGAUAACUCAGCUCAGCCUUGGAUGUCGGGCGCAGAUCUGGAGACAAGCCUCUCAGAAUAGCUCGUUCCAUGACCUUGAGACUUUGUGCAUCGUCACCAUUCUUCGUCCAUAUGGAGAUAUGCGUGAAGAAUUGUCUUGGAGAGAAAGAAACACCCAAGACGUGAUCAUGCUCUGGGAGUUUCUAGAUGUCAACUGGACUGCAGGGCAGAUUUCAAGAAAAACGGGCAUACAUACGAUGGGAGAUGGCAGCCUGCAAUUCACCGCCACAAGACAAUAAACAGAUUUCCUCCCACAGUCUGACAGCACGACCAUUCUCCGAACGAACUCGUAUCAACCAACUUCCACCAUGCCGAUUUUGGGGAUCUUCCCACAAGGGUGUCACGCCAGAGCGGAAGAUAUGGAUGGUAUCCUUGAAUUGGAGGCGAUGCCACGGUAGAUUGUUGAAUGUGCGAUAAAAAGCGGCAAUAUCGGCAACAUGAUCAAUCAACAUGGUCCAUCGAUAUAUGCCGUGGGACUCGGGUUUGGAAUGCCAUACAUCCCAGACAUAUUGGAAGGGUAGUGGUCGGAGCUUGAUGAGGACUUGUUUGUGGAGCGAAGAUGAGCGGCGAGGAAGAGUUGGUCUGAUUGUCCCGUCAUCUUCUGACCUUGACAUUGCGUCGACUGUGUCCAUUGGAGUAGUUGUGGUGGUGGUGGUGACUGACGAGGACGGUAUCGUCAUUGUUGAGGAGGAUGUCAUUUUCUUUUCGUCGAUCCGGCUGACCCUGACCCUGACCCUGAUCCUGAUCCUGUCUAUCCCGCAAAUGUUCUGUACCAAAGGAACGAAAGAAUAUACUUAGCAUCAACUUCUAGUGACAAUAGUGUAGAAACGAAG